AUAGUGUCCACAUAAAUUUCUAGUUUGCUGUAAGCUAGUUAUAAACAGCACCUAGGUUAAUGUUGGGACUUUAUGGUCUUAGAGGCCUUUUCCAACCCAGAUGACUCUAUGAUGUCACCGACUAACUGGCUGUGACAUCACCUGACAAUGGAUUGUGACUGCGUGGCUGUCACUGCCCAUACUGGGGCACUGGCAGGGCCUGGCUCAGUCUGGCUCGUUCCAGGACUCUGCUGAGCAGCUCUGCGAGGUGUGGAGGUUGAGCAAGGUUUUGGCUGUGCUGUGCUGGGUCGAGCCUGGGGCUGCUCGCAGCAUCUCAGUGCCUGAUCCACAGCAUCGCUUGUUUCCUCGGCCCUGCCUUGUGCAGGCAGCCGGGACCCUACCUACAAGUGCACCCACAGCAGUGGAGAGUGAGACACCACCACUGCAUCUCUGGCGAAGGAGAACAACUCCUAAUCCUUAGUUCUCCCAGCCUGCUGCAGCAAGAAGACCAUGGCUGCACAAGAGGCAUGGAAAUGUUCCAUCUGCCACGAUGUGCGACAGGAUGUCGCAUAUGUGAUUCCGUGUAAUCACAUGUUCUGUGCUGGCUGCAUCCAGCGGUGGGCGAGGCUGAGCGACAGCUGCCCGCUCUGCAGGGUGACCAUGCAGGCCAUCCGGGUCCCUGUGCAGGGAGACGAUGAGUACGUGGAGUGCAUCGUCUCCUCGCCCACAGUGCCAGUGCCUGUCAGCUCUGGCACCGCCACUGCCACUGGCCCUGACAGUGCUGAAGCACCUCUUCCACCCCCUCCACCACCAUCCCCUGAGCUGAUAGCUGCAGAGCCAGAGAGGGUGGGUGGCCUCCUGCCGGAGGAAUGGGCAGCACUUCUCAGGGUCAGACAAGACAUUCUCGACCCGGUGCUGCCCUGGCUGGAGCAGCAGUUGUCAGACAUCCAUGUGCAGUGCCGGUGGCAAAUCAACUGGCUAAAGACCGUGAUAGUGUCACACCUGUGCCAGGUGGGACUGGACAGGGACGCCCUGGUACAAUGCUUACAGGGCCUGCUGGGACCCAUCACCAGGCCAUUCACUGAGAUCAUCGUUGAAGCCACCCAGAGACUGUGUGGCCAGGAGGCCCGGAGGCUGCUGGGCCUCGAAGACCACAGUGCUGCCCAGGAGCAGGAGGACAGGCCUGAAGACCCCAGCACUGCCCGGGAGCAGGAGGAGGGCCCCGCAGCCCCGUCUGGUCCUGUUGCCUUCCCGCAGGGGACCGUCGCCCCGGGCACCGCGCCUUCUGGAAGCUCUGUGAGUCCCAACUCAGAGGAGCUCCCUGGCACAUCCAGCAGCACUCUUGGCGGGGUUGCAGGCGAGCCCCGCCCUGCACCCAGCCCCGGGGAGCAGGAGCAGCCCAGUGAGAAGCAGGACCAGGAGGCAGCCGGCCCCUCUGAGCAGGGCCGCAGCCGCAGCUCCUCCGCUCACGGCCGGGGCAGGAAGCGCUCGGCUGGGGGGUCCCAACGCCCCAUGAAGAGGAGGGCCAGCAGCGCCCAGCGUGCUCCCCCGCCCUGCAAGAGGCGGCCCCCCCGGCGCCUCUAG